UGCUCCGCUGUGUACAGUAGCACCGUGCUGGUGAAACAGAGCUUUUACCAGGCUCUGGACCUAUCUGCAGAAACCCUCUGAAUCUCGUCCCAUUGUCGCCAUGGAGACUCCAAACAACUAUGUGUUUAUCCACGGGAAGAACAUCUCCCACGGUCCCCUGGCCGGCGCUGCUGCAGCGCCCCACAUGUCCAUUGACAAGCUGUUUCCAGCCCUCUUGGAGUGCUUCGGCAUCAUCCUGUGUGGCUACAUCGCUGGCCGGGCAGACAUGAUCACAGAGAACCAGGCGAAAGGUUUGGGGAACUUUGUCUCUAAAUUUGCUCUUCCGGCUCUGCUCUUUAAAAACAUGGUGCUGCUGGACUUUGAAGACGUCAUCUGGGCUUUUCUUUGGAGCGUUCUGGUUGCAAAGGUGGCGGUGUUUGUGCUGGUGUGUGUGCUGACGCUGAUGGUGGCGGGUCCAGACAACAGGUACAGCAAGGCCGGACUGUAUGCCAUCUUCGCUACUCAGAGCAACGACUUCGCCUUGGGAUACCCAAUAGUUGAUGCUUUAUAUAGAAGCACAUAUCCAGAGUACCUCCAGUACAUCUACCUAGUCGCCCCUGUUUCCCUCAUGCUCCUCAAUCCCAUCGGCUUCGCUCUCUGCGAGGUGCAGAGGUGGAGGCAGGCCAGCCAUCCACAGCGCAGCAGCCUCAGCAUCCUGGGAGUUGUAUUUUUACAGGUGUUAAAGAAUCCAAUCGUGUUCAUGGUGAUGGUGGGAAUCAUUUCCCAUUUCGCUUUGGGGGAAAGGAUUCCUGCCGUGCUGUCGGAGUUUAUAGACGGCCUGGCCAACUCUUUUGGAGGAGCGGCACUGUUUUAUCUUGGCCUCACUAUGGUGGGCCAGCUCAGAAAACUCACCAGAGACGCUGGAGUGGCUCUGAUUCUUCUCAUUACAGCCAAACUCCUGGUAAUGCCACUGGUCUGCAAAGACAUGGUGGACAUUCUGGAUGUCGGGGUGAACAGCACGAGCCCGAACCACACCAGCUUAUCCAACUUUGCUUUCCUCUACGGAGUCUUCCCUACAGCACCGAGCGUAGCCAUCUAUGCAGGACAUUACAACAUGGAGCUGGAGGUGGUCACAUCAGGUAUGGUGAUCAGCACCUUCUUGUCAGCACCAAUCAUGUACGUGUCAGCCUGGUUGCUGACCAUCCCUUUAAUGGACCCGGCCCCCCUGGUGGCGGAGCUCGAAAACGUCAGCUUCAACAUCAGCAUCAUCAGCCUUAUAGGACUGGUUUGGACCAUCGCUGUGAUGCUGCUUAGCAGGAAAUUCAAUCAGCUCCCUCAUCUGUUUGUGUUAAACCUUUUCCUGGCUCAGUUUUUAGUCUGUGUUGGGAUGAUCCUGUGGAAUUUCCUCGUGAAACAACAAGAUAAUCUCCUCAGCAAAAUCCUCACAUUCACUCUGCUGUACGGAUCUCUGUACAGCACCUAUAUCUGGACAGGAUUAAUCCCUCUCUGUCUGGCUCUGACUAACAGAGAUGAUCUGCUCAGACUCAGACCAGGAAUCUUCAUGGCCGUUGGCUGGGGGGUUCCCUUCGCCAUGGUUGGAGUUCUCCUGAUUGUAGGAGAAAGAACCGAAACCCUCGACUCUGCCUUCUUCUACGGAAGAGCUCAGAUAAUCAGCUCUGCUGUGGUUCUGGCUGUAAGCCUGGCCCUCGGUGCCAUUUCUCUGAUGGGUCUGAGCCAGGGAGACCGGGAGCAGAUCGGCUAUGAAGCCCUGAGUCGAGCAGCUGUCACAGGCAUCUGUGAUGAACCGAGGCCCCCUGGUGGCCUGGAAGAUCAACAGCAGCAGACAGACCUGACCAAUUCCUCCACCUGCCACGCUGAUUUCAACAACAUUUCUCCGCUCCAGACCAUACCUGACAUGAUCGCCAGCACUCAAAGGGAGAAUGCAAACAGCACAGGCCACAGUGGGGCGCUGUGUGAUGGACAGCUAUCCAGCUCGGGGCCUUCAGAGCAGCCGCUGGACCUGCCUCCACCUGGCCUUCAGAGCACUGAUGACCAACAGACUGUGAGACACGUUUUACUCUGUCUGCUGCUCAGCGUCAGCCUGCUGGCGAAUCUGUCCAGCUGUCUUUGGUGGUUGUUCAACAAGGAUCCAGGCCGUCUCUACCUGGAGCUGCAGUUUUUCUGUGCGGUAGCCAACUAUGGGCAGGGUUUCCUGUCAUUUGGGAUAUUUGGUCUGGACAGACACCUGAUCAUCCUGCCAUUCAAGAAGAGGUUUCUCAGCCUCUGGCACGGCAGAGACGGAGAGGAUCUGAGUCAAUCCGCCGUCCCCGAGGAGGUCCGCCUGACCUGCACCCAGUUUGUCCGCUACCACAAAGACCAGUGUGUGCAAGAUAUAGUACACACUCGCAGGUUUGGAGGACUGACCCAGGAGAAGACGGCGGUUGGACGUUGCCUUUCCCAUCAUCCCCAGUAUUCAAACACAAACCCCUCUGAUCAGGAUCAAAGACUUAGUGAGUCACAGAAUCUACACCAAAAUCCCCGUCCAGAUGAAUCACGCAAACAGACCUCGCUGCCUUCCUACCAGGAGGCUCAGGAUGAACACCAAGGAUAUGUUUCUGCCCCUCCGCCACAUCUUGAAAGCGUCUUUCUUGGCAGUGACUUGGUCGACUGGCUAAUAGAGCGCGGUCUGUGUGCUGGGCAGACCGAGGCCAGGCUUUACGGCGUUCGUCUUCAGCGGGGAGGAGUGCUGAGCCCCCUGGACGGCCAGCAGAACUUCAGGGAUGAGCCCACUCUGUUUUAUCACUUCACACAGGAGGACAGAUGGUCCAGGAGCACGUGAGAGGAAGCGACAACCGUAAAGGCGCCGAGCUGGAAGUGCCUUAUGGUGAAGUUAUUGCUACAGCUUGGUUGUCAUGGCUCCCAAAGACUGCCGAAUUAGGGGCUGAAUUCAUUUCAAUAAAAAAAAAAAAAAAUGCAUAAAGAUACAGAGAGAAUUUCCCGACUGCCAGAACUCAAUAUCCAGUUAUUUUCUAAACAGCGAAUGCACCCUAGCUAAGCACAACCACAGUGAGUUCAAAACACUCUUCAGCGUGGAGGCUGUUACUGAGAGAGGCAGCGCUAAAAUUAGCUACAGGUCCACCAGAAUCAAGAGGCUAUUUCUCGCUCUCACAGCUGAGAAAAAUAAAGUUAUUUUAUUCUCUCAGUGCCGUCGGUUCUGACGGCUUCUUCUAAACA